UGGGGGACGUGCAUAGCAGGAGGAGCCCUCCAUUUCCUUCGCCUACCGAUACAGUGUCACCUGCCGCCGUACCUCCACCUCACCUACAUUCUCCGCGAUCGCCAAGUCACCGAUUCACACCUGAUCUCGAACAUGUGGGGGGCAUAUCCUUGGAUACCAUCAAACACGGGUUGGACAUGCCUGGCACAUCACCCGCUCGUUUGCCUCGCUUCUCGCGCGGCGAUUCGGCGGAACAGCUUGGGAUUGACCCCGGUGCCGGAAGAUCCUCGACCCGCAAGCGAGCGCCAGGAAGAGCUCGGGCGGAGCUCUCAAACACUUAAGGAACUGCGUAGGCAAAUGGAGGAGCUGCUUGUAUAUCAACAAAUGCAGCAGCAGGCGCAGCAGCAGCAGCAGCAGGCGUCACAGCCCCCGGUAAUGCCAGUGAUACCCCCCCGGAAAAGGCGAUUGUCUAGCACUACAAAGGCCGAAAUUCCCGCAACAGUCAUACACCCUUCAUCCGGCUCCAUUGGAUCCUCUGGGACCAUCAAAGCUGCAGAUUCUCCGAGUCACCCCCCCGAACAAACUCCCUCCUACCCGUUUCCGCGAACACAAACCCAACCUAAGCCAAGUAUCGAGCAAAUUGGCCGACAGGGACAGUUUCGAUUGAAAUUGCCAUCUGAAAGAUCCAGAUCAUCGAUAUCGCAAGCAGCAGGAGACGAGCCCAGCGUGGACGCACCAGCCCCAGGAUCGCCGGCCACGUUCCAACCGGGAGACUCGAAAAUUACAACCGAAGAUGGAUUUGGCAUCCCAGCCCCGAAUCUUUAUGACUUGACGCUCAAGUUGAAUGCAGAUGCUGGAUUGGAUGGAUGGUGGUCAAACUUGAUUGAGAUAUUACAAACAGACUACGGGGCAGAACGUGUAUCUUUGGCAGUACCAGGUGAUGCGACUGACCUGGAAAAUGUCCCCUGGGGUCAAAAGGCUGUCUUCAAUCAAGAAGGAACCGCCCUAGCGGAUGUUUCACCCACGAGUGCAAACUUAAUGCCACCGCCAACGCCGGGUCCCAAGUUUUCUGACGAGAAGAAGGGAAGGCCUGAAGUUGGGUUGAGUUCAGGAACAAGUCCUGCCAAAAGACCUUCUCUCUCUUCACGACAUUCCUUCGCUGGCGUGAGCAGCGUGAAGCCACGGAUCAGCACGGAGGAGGCUCGUCAUACUUUUGCUUCUAAAGCAAGCCCCAAGCACGAAAAGAAGCAUGCUCGCAUUGAUGAAAACUCUUCACUUGGCAACGAACGUAAAUCUCAGUGCUACCCUGAUCAGAAUGAUUCAGAGUAUACCCAAAUGGGGUAUCUUCGUCAUGCUGUCUUCCCAAUAGCAAGGCCAUUGGAAGUGGAGACUGACCCCCUUAUCAAGCGAACAGGCGUGGUCAGACUUUUCGGACGAACCACGCCUGUCAUUCUUACUCGCGAGUAUGUGAAAGAAGCCGAGAAACAUCCUGGCUUCGGUGAGAGCCCUCUUGACGUUCCACAAGGCACCCCUGUUGCAGAUACGCCAUCUGCACCCGUUUUGCGGACAGAGGGUGAUUCUGGAAAGCCAAAAACCAAUGAGCCAAAAGCCAAUGUUCCUUUCAACGCCAGACGUCUACUUCCACGUGAUGAAUAUGAGCAGAUUCCUCAGUCUCCAUGGUCCCAUCAUACUGUAGAUGAAAGUGCAUUUGAAAAGAACCCGCCUCAUCAUGAUUAUUCCGACCCAAGACCCCUGGAAGCUAUAGGGGUUGACAGCUCUAAAACAGUGAUUCAUAUCCCAUUGCUGCAUGGUGGUCGCUUCAGCCAAAGCUCUUCCUCCCCACUGCGAUUUCCUGUCGCCGUCAUAUCGCUUCUUUCUAAUAUAGUGCCCUACCCGGCUGAGCUACGGCAGUCUCUCUCACACUUGAUGCCUCAUCUAACGACGUCAUUUUGCCUUGCUCAACAAUAUAGUCAACUUGAACGGCAAUUGAACUCUAAGGUCGAGACGCCACGUUAUGGGCAUUUACUCGGUCUGGGCGGCACAUUUUCUGAUGCCAGCAGUGAACUGGAAUUGGUUGCGGGGCUAAGUGGCCACGUGAGCUACUCUGUUGGCGACGACAAUCCCAUGUCUGCACGUGCAAGUGUCCAAAGCCCUAGUGACCGAUCAUCAAUGAAAAUAAGUCCUUCUGUAUCUGUGCUUGGGACCCCUGCGCUUGAUCCCGGCCAACCAGCGCUAGCAACAACUUCCCAGUCACCCGGUAUCUUUGGAAGCACCAGUGAAUUCCCAGAUGGAUAUUUCAAUUUGCGCCAGACCAGAGCUACGAAAGAUAGCAACGUGCAGCCUCGCCACCGUUCCCUAAAGUCCAAAGGAAAGUUAGCUUUGUCCAUGCCGGCAUCUCCUGGAAAGCUACCAGAGAAGCCUGUUACAGAGGACAGCACUGCUCAAGAACCAACCUCAACAGCCGCUUCGCCCGUACAAGAGAUGAAACCGCCUGUCAUAUCCCCUAGCCAACAUUCCUCGUCCCGCCAAAGUUCAACGACCUCCUUCUACGCUCAGCUACAACGAGACCUGCCGCGGCCCUUCUCCGACUCAAUAGCUCAGUUGAUGCUGAACUCGAUACCUCUUCACAUAUUCCUAGCCAAACCCAAAAGUGGUGAAGUGAUAUGGACGAAUGCUAAAUUUGACGCAUACAGACGGAGUAAGCCACAAGAGCAUAAGCUAAGGGAUCCAUGGCAGAAUAUCCAUAUCAGCGAACGCGAUCACGUUUCAAGUGAGUGGGCAAAUGCUCUGCGGACUGGAUCCCAGUUCACUGAAAGGGUUCGUGUUCGAAGAUUCAAUGACGAAUCUGCCUACCGUUGGUUUAUCUUUCGGGCAAACCCUCUGUUGUCAUCGACCGGGGAAGUUCUGUAUUGGAUUGGCUCUUUCCUUGACAUUCACGAGCAGCACACAACUGAAUUGAAGGCUACUCAAGAACGAGAGAAGUUUGCCACAGAUGCCAAGUAUCGAGCAUUUUCAAAUUCCAUCCCACAGGUGGUCUUCGAAGCGACCGAGAAACGUGGUUUGAUAUUUGUGAACGAGCAAUGGAAUCUUUAUACCGGACAAAAGCUCCAAGAUGCCCUCGAUCUGGGCUUUGCAAAGCAUGUUCACCCUGAUGACUUACAGAAAUGUGGUGGGCUUACUCUGCAAGUGAGUGGUCCCAAAGAAGACAAUUGGGCAGAUGCGGCGUCAACAUCAGAGGGUGGUUCUUCUCGUUCUUCAUCCGAAAUCCAUGGGGUCUCAUCUGCCCUUGAUGAGUUAGUGAGGCGUGGCGUAGCAUCGCUGCAGAGGGAUGAAAAUGGAAGAGUCUUCUAUUCGACUGAACUUCGCCUUCGUUCACGCGGUGGUGACUUCAGAUGGCAUCUGGUUCGUCUAGUACGGGUUGAAACCAGCAGCUUUGGUAGCGAAGAAGCUUCCUGGUACGGCACGUGUACCGAUAUCAACGAUCGCAAGAAUCUUGAAAGCCAACUCAACAAGGCAAUGACUCAACUGAACAACCAAAUGGAGUCGAAAACGAAGUUCUUCAGCAACAUGUCCCACGAGAUCAGAACUCCCUUGAAUGGCAUACUCGGCACCAUUCCGUUCAUUCUAGAUACACAGCUUGACAGUGAUCAAAGACGGAUGCUCGACACCAUUCAGAACAGUUCUACAAAUCUCAGAGAGCUUGUCGAUAACAUCCUAGAUGUUUCCCGCGUUGAGGCUGGUAAAAUGUCGCUAGUCAAUUCUUGGUUCCAUGUUCGGUCUAUGAUCGAAGAUGUUAUCGAUACCGUCGCGUCUCGUGCUAUUGAUAAAGGUCUCGAGAUCAAUUAUCUUAUGGACGCGGAUGUCCCUUCGAUGGUCAUUGGUGAUAGAUUCCGCGUUCGCCAGGUCCUGAUUAACCUUGUGGGAAAUGCAGUCAAAUUUACUACACAGGGCGAGAUCCACAUUUACUGCAACCUUUCUCGAAACUCCCCAGGAAAGGUUCAUAAGCCAACAGAGAUAUUCCUCAAUUUCGACGUUGUGGACACCGGAAAGGGAUUCAGUGCCCAGGAUGCAGAGCGACUCAUGCAAAGAUUCUCCCAGCUAGGAGAAAAUGGCUCUCAGCAAAACGCGGGUAGUGGAUUGGGAUUGUUUCUGUCAAAACAGCUUGUCGAGAUGCACGGUGGAAGUCUCACUCCAAGUGCUACUGAGGGCAAAGGAGCUCAGUUCUCUUUCAACGUGAGAGUGGAUGCUCCACCUCCCCCAUCAGCUUCUGAGCGCCCUCAUUUGCUCCGUCAAGCCUCGGGUGCUUCCAGGAGACCUUCAUCCUCCAGAACGACGUCUUACGAUCAAUACACUGUCGCGCCUCGCAGCAUUGAUUUGAGGUUACAGGAUACCGUGUCUCUGUCCUCCGGGCUUCUAUCAAACCUGUCUUCACCUCUUGCAACGCCGGAUCCUGGUAGCGCAAACGUGUCGCCCCGCUUAGAUCAGGAGAUUCCUGGUCCUGCCGGGGAAGAACAGAAGGAAAAGAAGGAAGAUAUGUCUUCUACCGCUCAGCCAUCUGUUCAGGUUACCCCGCCACCUCUUCAAUCUGAAAGGCCACUCUCGAUCUUCAUCCUAUGCCCGCUUGAGAAUACCCGCAAGUCCACUCAGCAGCAUAUCGAGCAAGUUGUACCACAUGAAAUUCCAUUCAAGAUCACAGCUCUGUCUGACGUUGAUGAAUGGAAAGACAUGAUACACACUAGCUCCAACGUCCAAUGUACCCACUUGGUUCUAAACCUUCCCGCAACAGAUGAUAUCUUGGAAGUCAUUCAGAACGUUUCCGAGACUCCUUCUGAUACCAGUCCAGUGGUGGUUAUCAUAUCAGAUCUGUAUCAGAAACGUCAAAUCAGCACUCGCGUUAAGGAGCUGGCAGCCACCGGCAAGAAGGUCUUCAUUGUGCCGAAGCCUGUCAAGCCCUCCGCUUUCUCGACUAUUUUCGAUCCGGAGAGCAAGCGUGAGCUUAGUAAAGACCGCAACCAAGACAUGGCCCGGGAAAUCAAUAACAACUUCAAGACCGUAUCAAAGAUGGUCAAGGAGGUCAUGCUUAAAUAUCUGGAUAAGAUUAAACUCAUGUCUGAGACUGCAUCCAACGGACAAGAGUGUGUCGAUAUGGUUCUUUCGAAGGAGCCGGGUUACUACUCUCUCAUCAUUUGUGAUAUCCAGAUGCCCAUCAAGAAUGGCUAUGAUACUUGUCGUGAGAUUCGUGCUUGGGAACAGAAAAAUCACUACCCGCAGAUUCCCAUCAUGGCUUUGUCGGCCAAUGCGAUGACAGACCAAAUCGAAAAUGCUGCCGAUGCCGGAUUCAACGAUUAUGUCACCAAGCCCAUUAAACACAACGAGCUAGGCAAGAUGAUGAUGGGUCUCUUGGAUACUAGUCGCCCACUUCUUCUCCUCCGGGAUCGUCUUCAUCCUCAAUUCCCGGAACCUCCAACACAUCGUCGUUAA